AUGUCUUGGCUCGCAGGGUACGGCCCCGAAGACGAGGAAGAGAACGAUAACCUGGGAGUGGACUGGGUGCUCAAAUAUGAGUUUGAUGAUCUCGACCAAGCAGAAGCAAUAGAGAAAUACCGCACGCUCCUCCACGACUUGAACGAAGCAGGUCUUCGAGUACAAGUCCGCCAUGGACAUGGUGCGUCGCUGUUGGUUUGCAUUCGAGUUCCCCGAGAUCACCUGGGGAACAUGAUCCACAAGUCGAGAAUCAAAGACUGGCUGUUUGGAAUCACCCACAGCCUGCCUGCUGGAGACCAAAACGCCAUGGCCGAUGCCGAAACACCGGCGGAAGAAUAUCGUUCGGUGUACCACGCGGUCACCUGGCAGAAGGAACUGGGUGGUGCGGGCAUCACGCCGGGGUUUGGCAAGUGGGAAAACAUUACCGCCUCGUUUCCACUGCAUGACCGGGAGGCCUGUUCAAAACUCCUACGACAAUGGAGCCGGAAGACUAUGUUGACCACGAAGGACUUGGAUACCAUUCGUGCGCUGUUUGGGGAAAAGGUCGCUUUCUACUACGCUUUCAUUCACUGCUACUCGCUGUUUUUGGUUGUGCCCGCUGCACUGGGGAUCGUCGGGUGGCUAUACUUGGGUCCAUACUCCAUUACUUAUGGUGCGCUUCUCUGCAUUUGGUGCAUCGUGUUUGUCGAAUACUGGAAGAUCCGCGAGGCAGAUCUCAGCUUGCGAUGGGGCGUCAAGGGAGUCGGGCGAUUGAAGGUCAACCGAAUCCAAUAUAAGUGGGACAAAGAAGUCAAGGACCGCAUCACAGGGCAGACCAAGCGAGUGUUUCCAGGGUGGAAACAAUUCCUACGCCAACUACUCCUCGUCCCAUUUGCGUCCGUCGCAGCUGUGGCACUCGGCAGCCUGAUCGUUGUGACGUUUGCGUCGGAGGUGUUUAUCUCAGAAGUCUACGCUGGUCCGUUCAAGGAAUACUUGGAAUUCCUGCCCACAGUCCUUUUCUCCUUGUCUCUGCCUGCCAUCACCUCGAUGCUGACGAGUAUCGCCAUUCGUCUGACGGACUAUGAAAACUACCGCACGCAGGACCAGUACGAUCUUGCCCAGACCCAGAAGACAUUUGUCAUGAACUUCAUCACAUCGUUCCUGCCGACAAUCCUGACAGCAUACGUCUACGUGCCUUUUGGAAAAUCCAUUGUUCCUCACUUGGAUAUCUUGCGGAGGACCGGCCUCAAACCUGAGCUGCUCAGCACCCAAAAAGAGUUCGAGGUAGACACGAACCGCUUCCAGCAAGAGGUGAUCUACCUGUCAAUGACAGCGCAGGUGCUCAGUUUCGGCGAGGAGAUUAUCUUGCCUUAUAUCAAACACGCGCUGUGGCAGAAAUGGCGCGACUACCGGGAUCGCCAGGCCGGGUUCCAUCGCAAGCGCAGUGCCUCCAAGGCGGCUGAUCUGCUUCUCAUGGACCCGCCCGAUGAAGCCUCAUUCAUGACCAGGCUUCGCGGCGAGGCUGAUGCGGAAGAGUACAAGGUUGAAGAGGACAUCCUGGAGAUGUGUGUGCAGUUUGGGUAUCUGGCCCUGUUUGGCGUGGCCUGGCCACUUGUGCCACUGGGAUUCCUGGUGAACAACUGGUUGGAGCUGCGAGGCGACUUCUUCAAGCUCACCCUCGAGUGCCAACGCCCGCCACCCAUCCGGGCGGACUCGAUCGGGCCAUGUCUAUUGGGACUGGACUUCCUUGCUUGGCUGGGGACACUCUCAACUGCAGCGAUUGUGCACGUCUACCGCGGGCCUAUCUCUGAGGUGCGACUGUCCUCACUGCUGCUGACCAUGUUCAUCACCGAGCAGCUCUACCUCGCGGCUCGGUUUACCGCCAACGCCGCGCUGGAGAAGAUCUUUUCUGGCACCAUCCGUCGCGAAGAGGAUCGUCGGUACGUUGUGCGGAAGAGCUUUCUCAUGGCGAGCAUGUCGAGGAACGGGUCUCCGGGCUCUGGGGACUCGCCGACCCGUGUGCGCCCACGGGUGCGUUUCAACGAAAAGGUCAAUGUCUACAGCUCCAACACCGAGGCUAUGCCUUCCCCGGGUGGCAGCCCCAUACCAAGCAUUGAGCAACCCCAGGACGAUUUGCUGCGCGGUGAUCGUGAGGCUGAAUUUUGGAAUGGGUCCUCGAGUGACAUGACCAGCGCAGGCGCCAAACUGAUUCGCGCUCUCUGCUCGUCCAAAGCAGUUGGAGUCAAGUCGUCGAAAGAGGCAUAG